AAAUUGCUACCUUAACUAUACAGACAAAAUGCAUGUCCAAUUAAACUUAUUCUACUGCUGUUAUAAUAUAUCUUAUGUGAAGUCAAUUUCGCAUCAUUUGCUGAUACAUCCAAUUCACAAGCUCUCACUCUUAAGUCUCAGACAAUUGAUAGCUGUAGAUUUUCCAUCAAUGUCAACUUUUAGGUAUAUUCUACUUAAUAUAUUUUAGAUAGCGAAGGCCGGUUUUAAUUAAUGAAAAACACUAUCUGUAUAUCUGUAUGCCAAACAUAGUAAUAUACUGAGCGGUCAGCUUAAUUUUUGACUCCAUUAGACAACAAUGUCUAAUAUUCAAAAUAUAGUAAGUUUCCAGAAGACAGCAAUGUCUAGACAUGCACUAUAUAAAGGGCCUAAUGGCCUUGAUCGUUAAAACUUAUACGACGACUUUUUCAGUACCAAGUAGGAGUACUAGCUCUAUCAGAAGUGCUCAAGAUAACUGAAAACUUGCUGCAUUCAGACGCAUAAUUAUCUGUAGCUUUGUUUGCAGCUAGUGAUGGCAGCGAGUGAGUUAGACGAUAGGUCACUGCAAGAAAUACCGACAUGGGCUGUUGCCCUUGUUUGUGCAGUUUUUAUUAUCAUCUCCAUUUCCAUUGAACAUGGAAUUCUUUCUCUUGCAAAGUUAUUUCAUAAGCGACAAAAGAGAGCCAUGACUGAAGCCUUGGAGAAAAUGAAAGCAGAAUUGAUGAUAUUGGGAUUCAUAUCUCUGUUACUAACUGUGAGUACAACUUAUGUUGUCAAAAUAUGCAUCCCUAUCAAACUUGGAAAGACAUUGCUCCCAUGUAAGCACAACCAUGAGAAACGAGGCCUUUAUGAUGAUCAUGUCCAAAAUGAAGGCGGUGACAGGAGAAAACUGCUUUCAUUUGAAGAGGCAAUGAUGUGGCGUCGAGGGUUGGCAGUUGGGGGUGAAUACGAGAUUCACGAGGACUAUUGUGCAACCAAGGGCCGAAUUUCAUUGAUAUCAUACAAAGGGGUGCAUCAGUUGCACAUGUGCAUAUUUGUCCUUGUAGUCUUUCAUGUUUUGUAUAGUAUAAUCCUCAUGGCUCUUGGACAGGCCAAGAUGAUGAAAUGGAAGGCCUGGGAAGCAGAGGCUACAUCCUUGGAGUAUCAAGUAACUGUUGAUCCAAAAAGAUUGAGGAUUGCUCGUCAAACUACUUUUGUGAAACGUCAUAUCGGUUUCUCCAGAGAGCCUCUGAUUAGAUGGACUGUGGCAUUCUUCAGGCAAUUUUUAGGUUCCAUAUCAAAGGCUGAUUAUAUGGCCAUUCGUAGUGGAUUUAUCAAUGCACAUUUUGCACCUAAUAGCAAGUUCAACUUUCACAAAUACAUUAGAAGAUCCAUGGAAGAUGACUACAAGAAAGUUUUGGGAAUAAGUAUCCCCCUGUGGAUUUCUGCUCUCAUCUUCUUGAUACUAAAUGUCUACGAUUGGCACACACUGACUUGGCUUUCAAUAGUGCCACUUCUGAUACUUGUGAUGGUGGGUACAAAAUUGGAACUUGUGAUUAUGGAUAUGGCUCAGCAAAUUAAUGAUCAGGCAAUCACUGUAAGAGGAUCCCCAAUGGUGCAACCAAGUGACGAGUUUUUCUGGUUUCAUCGCCCCCAAUGGAUUCUUAUCUUGAUUCAUCUCACUUUGUUUCAGAAUGCAUUUCAAAUGGCAUUUUUUCUGUUUACACUGUUUGAAUUUGGUAACAAGCCAUGUUUCCACGAAAAACUUAUAUCUGUUCUGCUAAGAGUGGUGCUUGGAGUAGCACUGCAUGUCCUCUGCAGCUACAUAACCUUUCCUCUCUACUCAUUAGUCACACAAAUGGGCUCACACAUGAAAGAAUCAAUAUUUCAAGAACAGACAGCCAAGGCUCUGAAGAACUGGCAUAAAUCUGCAAAAGAAAACCAAAAGAAGCUCCGUAAAGCCGCGGGGCCUGCUGCAUUUGUAGCAGCAAGUGUGUGUGAAGAAAGUAGACAAAGUGAAAGCAUUCCACACACUCCAGUGUCAUCAUGUGAAUCAGAACAUGGUGAUGAUCAGCACUGGGAUCUUGAGGCAUCUGCACAUAUUUCACAACCAGCAGAAACAACAAAAGUUGAGUUGUGACAGUGAUUGAUCACCAAUUACUUGGUUUAGUUUGUUAGGAUCUUUAACAACAUUAGUUGCCAGUGGUUAAAAAAUAAAGGAAAGGCCCGCGCGUUCUUGAAGGAAAGCGUGGAAAGGAAUAAAAACGGAGAAACAUGGACAAGCAGAAUUCAUUCAUACUUGCUGUGUCUUCAAUUCUUUGUAUAUAAAUGAUAUUCAGCAAAAUCGCAUGUGAUGGGGUGGGGGCCAUACCCCUCGCUCGUCAUAAAAUCUUUAGAACUACUUUCUGUGUAUUAAAGAAGUUCGGAAAGUAUUUUUAAGAUGCAAA